GGAAACUUCCUUUGAUCACCAUAACCCAAGGAUAGUGGGGACAUGGGAGACGACCACCGAGUCAAGCCGCCAGGCCCAACUACUGCCGGAGCAGGGGCAGUGGCCACUCGAGUAUUGAUAAUUUUUUUUGAAAAACACGAGUGGUGAUAAUUGCAGCACGACCUGCACUACAGAACUGGCACAUGUGCUGCAUCAGUGGCGUACUUGGAAAAGACACUCAAGUUGAUGUUCCUUUUUAUUUUUAUUUUUUUGGACAGCCACUCAAGUUGGUGUUAGGUAGUUGAGGGUGUGUGUUACACAAGUACUAGAAGCAGCUCUCUGGAUUGGUAGCGCCCGCAUGCUGCUCCAGGAUGGCGGAGGCCAUCGUUGGUCCGCUGGUGGGGAAGCUCCAGGAGAUGGCGGUGAGCGAGGCCAAGGCUCUAGUUGCAGUGAACGACGACAUCCGCGGCCUCCGGGACCGGCUCAUGUGGAUGCAGGCCUUCUUGCGGCACGCCGAUCCGCGGCGGCGCGACACCUCCGACGAGCUCAUCAGGGUGUGGCUCAAGCAGACCCGCGAUGUUGCCUUUGACGCUGAGGACGCCAUUGACGACUACUCCCUCAAGGUCGACCUUUCUAGGUAUCCAAGUUGGAGCCAGUCCAUUGUUCGCUUUUUCGCUGGAUUCACUACGCAAAUAAGCAUUCGACACAAUCUGUCAAGAAAGAUUGCAGAGAUCAACUUACGACUUGAAGACAUCAUUAACAAUAAGGAUAAAUACAAGAUUGAAGCUGCACCCAAUGACUUUCCAUUGGUGACAUGGAAACCUUCUACGGACAUCUCUACUAUGGAAACAAAUUUGGAUGAUGUCCAACCAUCUCCGAUCGAACAAGAGUUGCUGGGGAAGAAGCUUGAAGACGCAGUUUUUUCUAAAAGUGAGAAACGACUUGUUAUAUGUGUGACAGGGGAAGGUGGUGUGGGCAAGGCAACACUAGUCAGAGAACUAUAUGAAAAGCCAUCAACCAAGUCAAAUCAGUUUGUAAAAGCUUGGGUAAGCUUCCAACCGAAUUUAAGGUCCUCAAGCAUCAUACAGUUAAUACAUCAGGAAUUUCAGGAUUUAAUUGAUUAUGAAUUGUUGGAAAGCUAUCCGGAAUUGAAGGAAAAAAAUAUUUGGUUUCGAAGAAAAUAUGUAGAGGAGAAAUUAUUAUUCAAGAAACUAUUGGGUAAGAACAGGUUCUUGUUGGUCAUAGAUGGAGAAAUUAGCAAUAGUGAUUGGAAUGCCAUCCUUGAUGCAUGACCAGAUGGAGAGGUUAGCAAUAGUGAUCCAGAGGUUCACAAGGGUGGUAACAGGAUUGUUCGUAUCAUGCAAGGUAUACAUAAGAGGCCACGUGGUGUCCAUGAAUGGAUUGAGCUGAAAUGUUUUGAUAAAGAAAAAACCAGUAGCCUAUUCAAACAAACGGUAUGCAUGGAAGAAAAAAUUGAGGAUCAGAUGAAGGACUUCGAUGUUGUCCUGCAUGGUAUAACCAAAGGCCUUCCCCUUGCCAUUGUUCUUCUGUCUGGCCUUAUACAAACAAAGGAGUAUCCAAAUGAGUGGCAAGCAGUGUUUGAACACCUCAAGUCCAAAAGGUCCAAAAGGCUUGAUAGCAUGCUUGCCAUGUGUUUUGACGAUCUCCCACAUGACCUAAAAUCAUGCUUCCUCUACUUUGCUGCAUUGCCUAUGAACACACGCAUUGAGGCUCACACAUUGGUAUGUAUGUGGAUGGCAGAGGGGUUUCUCAGACCGAAAGAUGGGAGAACAAUGGAGAAAAUUGGAAGAAUCUAUUUGAGGGAGUUGAUUAUGAGGCAUCUAGUUAAGUUAGUGAAGACGGAGAAUGCCAGUGGUGUUGAUGAAUUUGUGGCUGUCCACCAUAAGGUCCAUGCAUUUUUACAGCACGAAGCACAAGAGGCUAGCUUCGUGGAUAUCCAUAAUGGUGACGAUAUCCCUUCUUUCGCAACUACUCGUCGCCUCUCUCUACAAAAUUAUACAGAUAAAUAUGCUGCUCUGUCGAGGUCUUUGCCAAAACUACGAUCUAUCUUGUCCAAUUUCCAACUGGAAGAUGUCGAAGGUGACGAAGAUAAUGUGGAAAGUGAAUAUUACGAGGAAAGUGAAGAUGGUGAGGAAGAUUCAAAAGAGGAAGGAGACAUGGAGGCUGAGCCAAAGGUAGAAGGUGAUGGGGAUGGAGAGAUAGAGGUAGAGGAAGAGGGAGAAGAAGACGAAAAUAAUGAGAUUGUGUUAUGUGCAAACAAUGAAAACAAUGAGGUGGUUGAGGGAUCAUACGAAAUUACUGAGGAAGAGGGGAAAUAUGAAACAAGUGAAGAAUCAAAACAGGAUGUGAUGCCCAGUACAAUGCCAUUAUUAUCAAACUUGCUUCAGUGUUGGGUGACACCACUAUCAGCAGGCUUGCUUCGUUGUUGUGGGGAACAGGGCAGCCCUCAAGCGAGCACCAACUUAUUCAUAAAAGAAAUGUUGCAAGUAUCCAAAUUUCUUCGCGUCAUCAGUCUACAAGGCAUUGAGAUUGGUGAGAGCUUACCACCAACUAUUGGGAAUGUGGCACACUUGCAGUACCUCGGUGUCACUGCUUGUUCCUUGAAAUAUAUCCCAUCGACAAUUGAAAACCUUAAAAAUCUUCAGACAUUGGAUGUUCGAGGCACAUAUGUUUAUAAACUUCCAGAAGCAUUUUGGAGUAUAACGACACUGCGCCAUGUAUUUGGUGAAGGUCUUUUCUUGCCUAAGCAGGUGGGUGACUUGAAACACCUGCAGACACUUGAAAGCAUAGAUCCUGAUCAGGAGAAUGGUUGGGACAGCAGCACUUUUGAGAAAAUGGUUCACCUUCAGUCCCUUCAUGUUUGGGAUUCUAACUACAAUGGUGUUAAUGCAGAGGCUCUAUCUACUGUUAUUGAUAAAGCUAAUUUCCUUGAACACCUAGAUACCCUUACUCUUGAUGUUAAUAACAUCCCAUUGAGUGUGUUCACCAGUUCUUCCCUGAGGCGUCUUCAUAGGCUAAACUUAAAAGGCAAAUUGGACAUGUUGGUGCUGCGAUCUAUUGGAAAGGAGUCAAAAUUUCAUUUCCCCAACCUUAGCUUCCUAUCAUUGGAAGAGACAGAGGUGUCGCAGGAUUUCAUCAACAAGCUUGGGAAGCUGCCUUCGCUCACCACUCUAAUAUUGGAUAGAGGCUCCUACAAGGAUGAUCAAGAUCAACUUGUCUUCCUAGCUGGUGGAUUUACAAGUCUUACAAAGCUGAUGCUUUCUGAUCUGGGAAUUUUGAAACUCGAGAUUAAGAAAAAUGCACUUCCAGAACUCACAAAUUUGGAGGUUGAGUGGUACCCUGAAGAAAUCAAAAUUGAGAUAUAUGGCGAGCGUGAGUUUGUGAACAAAAUUGAAGAAGUGGACGAAUACCUUUAUGGCCGUAUCACUAAAGUUCCAGUUGCUCCAAAGAAAAUUGGUCAGCAACCUAGCAUGAAGCAACGCGUGGCUAGCUGAAGAAAACAGGUAACUAAGACACCAAUAUAGUGCUACAUGAUGUUGUUUCGAUUUCCCUGUUCUGUAAAAAAUAUGUACACAACUCUGUCAUGAGUUUAUUAGUGUGUAUGUGGUGGCUGAUUGACAUGCCUACCUAAUAAUUGCUAGCCACACCUGGCUACAGUAUGCAUGUAUUAAAUAUUUAUGGAACCGCAAAAAAAAAAUCUGUGUGCGCGUGUAUUUUGGUGUGUGUACUCCUAAAUUGUGAAAUAAGUGAAAGAGAAAAACUGUGGAUCAUGGAUAAUAAUUAUUAAAUUAUUGAAUGUUGAUGAAUGUUUUUAUUUAAA